ACAUUCUGAUAUUUGAAAAAUUCGAAGUUUUUGAACGGAAAAUUCUCGCUUCGACUUAAAAAUUGUUUAAUUCUAUAUUAUUUUUGAUUAAAUCAAUUAAUUAUCAACAUUUCUGUGCAAUUAGUACGUGCUCGAUUGUAUGAUUCAUUCCUGAACGAUUUUUCAUUGCGAAAAUGAUCAUUGUUUAAUCUGAAAAGUGCGUCAGUUCGCUGUACAAACUACAAAGUCAGUGAUAUUUUUCUUACUACUCGAAGAUGAUGUUCUCACGUUGACCUGCUGCGAUGGAAAACGAUGAUUCUCUAGACGACGACGUAGUUGAAAUAGUCCCCGAAGCCGAAGCACAUGCAGGAUCACCCAUUAGAAUACAUCAGAUAGCUGAAGAACCCCGAGAAAUUGGUGAUAUUGUCGUAAUAGCAGACGAUGAAUUACAAUUCGAUGGAGUGCGAGUUAUUCAAGAGAACCAUGCUGAAAGACCUAUCGUACGGAUUCGACGUCUAGACGCUGAGGCCAGAUUAUCGGAAAAUCCUUCAGGAUCGGUGGCAGUAGUGGUUGAUCGUUCGGAGUUGAAUUCAGGUAGACGACGUAUUAUUGCUGGACCAGGGAUCGAUGAUUCUCCCGAAGAAGUUGUCGAAGAGAUGGAUAUCGACGAUGUAAAUAUUGAAGAGAUUAACGUUAUCGAAGUGAGGGACGACGAACCUUCGGUUAUUAUUGAGCAAAGAAACGAACCUUCGACUAGUUCCGAACAAAAGAAUGAGCCAACUAAAAGUUCUACUGCACCUUUGAAUGAUACUGACGAUGGAGAUGCGGGACAACUAUGUGCUAUUUGUUAUUCGUCGUAUACGAAUUCUGGCGAACAUAGACUAUCGUGUUUAAAAUGUGGUCAUCUUUUUGGCGAAAGUUGCAUCAAGCAUUGGCUUAAAGUCGGUUGCCAAGCUAAUUCUCGCAGAUGUCCAUCCUGCAAUGCGAAGGCUACAAUUCGUGAUAUUCGUGUAUUAUACGCGAAGAAUCUGAUCGCCUUGGAUACUACUGAAAAAGACAGACUUUUAGAAAAACUGGAAAAAGUUCAAAACGAAAAAAACAACAUCGAAUCGCAACUGAACGCAUCGAGUUUGAAAGUAGACUUAUUGACGAAAAAAGUACACGAAUACGAAGAAAAAAUCCGAAUCUUGAGUGAAAAUAACAACCAGAGAGAACAAACCACGUCGCAUCAGGGGCUUUCUAAAUUCAGCUCGAAGGUUCUAUCGAGUUUCGUAUUAAGCGUCGAAGGAGGCUGUAAAGUUCUCGCUUACAGCAGUCACAUGUCAUUAUUGUUAGCUUCUCAGUGCACCACUAAUCCUUUAUUUCCUGGUUAUGGAAUUCGUAAAAUAAACGCAUUCGAUAUGAAACCGACGUUAUAUCAUUAUGUACAUAAGAAGACCAUCAGGGAUAUGUGUUUUUCACCCAACGAAAGGGGCAGUUUGCUUUCCGUUUCAUUGGACAAGACUGCUAAAUUAUUUGAUGUCCAAAAUAACACCGUUGUUCAAACCUUCGAAACUCCUGUUCCUCUAUGGUCUUGUACGUGGAGUUCUACGAACAAUUACAAGUUCUACUGCGGCAGCCAGAACGGUACAUGGUUCGCGUUUGAUAAAAGACAAACAAGACCCGAGCCAGAACAGAUAGUAGAAUCGAUCGAUCCAAAUGAUAAAAGCGGUAUCAUAUCGAUUUGCCAUUUACCUUCCAGACCUGGACGAUUCAUGCCAAACGGUGGCAUCGUUGCUUGCCGACUGAACAACGUCGUCGUUCAUUACCCUGCCGGCGACACCACAGCUAGCAAGGUGCUACCAAUUGAAGGAUCAUUCAUGUCGAUGCAAUAUAACAAGAAUAACGAUCAUUUACUCAUUUCUACAAAAGCCAGUACAAAGUGGACAUCGUCGCGUCACAUGAUUUGUCAACUUUCCGAAAUGAAAACUGGCGAAUCAGAUUCCGAAUGUGUCGAUGUACUACAAACGUUUUAUGGAAGUCGUAUCACCAACACUUUGAGCCGUUCAGCCUUCGUACCAUUUCCCAACGGCGAUGUGACCGUUUGCGCUUACAAUUCACGUAACAAUAACCUGGAUUUAUGGAGCGUUGUAUCAGAGACCAAAUUAGACAUAACAGGAGUAAAUUUAACCGAUCCUGUCUUGGACAUAUGUUCAGUUCGUACCACCGAUAAGGAUAUAAUGAUACCUUGCUUAUCGGAUAAGAAGCUUUCUGUGAUAAGAUUGAAUUUUGAAGAAUAGAUAGACGAAAAAUGCGUACAUUAAUUUAGCUCAAGGCUGUGAAAAAAUAUUAAUUGUAUUGUACGAGGAAAAAUUUGUCGUAUUUCUAUCUCUGUAUUGUACUUUUUUGCUCAGAAAUUUUUAGAUGUUUCCUUUUUUCGUUCGUCGUGUGAAUAAUGUUUAUGACGUGUUUUUCCAGAGAUGUGGUUUUGUUCAGGUACUUCCUUCUUACUGAAAAUUGUGUUCGGCUCAUUUUGGAGAAAAGCGAGUUGUUGCUCGUACGAUUUCUCAAUGAUCGAGGAUAAAUAUUUAUACCUAUUAUUAAACGGAGAAAUGUCACGUGGUGUUAAUGCUGUACUGAUAAGUGGCCAUUUUUUUCGAUUUUGUUUCUAUUUAUAAGAGUACGUAUUAUAGAAUGUUUUUUUAUA